GCCUAUAAUGAUACUGUGUGGAGCGCAAGUCUUCUUUUUGAUAGUCUGGGAUUCUACUCUUCAAUGGAUGACAUUUUCACCCGUCUAUUGACACUGGCUAGUUAUAUAAGUCGUCGAUUUAUUCAAUUUAUAGAGGAUCUUGCGGUCAGAGAUGCUGAUAGAUACUCAGAUGAUUUGCUGGUCAUUUCUGCAGGACAGCAUUUAAGAUCAUUGAGACACGGCAUUUGUAAAUCAUUUUCUGAAGGUUGUUCAUCACCUUCAAAACCUUGUAACCCUGAAACCAGAGAAAGAAGAGCCUCAGAGCCUAUGGAAAUACAAGAUCUAAAAUUGUAGAAACCAAUUUCAAUUAUACAGAUGUCCCCCUCAUUUUUAAAGGGUUGACACUACCAUUACACGGUUAACAAUUUGCUUAGAGAUUGGCAAUUUCUUGUUGGAGAAGUUCUGUCGUGUACGUUAGAUGUGCUCAUCUUCAAAUUUGUAGCCUGGUAUCUCGAGUACAGAAAACAUUGCAAGGUUCAUCUGACGAUAUUGGAUGGUUACCGCGCACUCCUGGCAUGCUUGGUGUGGAAGAUGGUACAGCAAGAUUCUUGGAGUUGCUUGCAGGAAUAAGGAAUGGGGAGCACACAUUGCCUAGCUCAUUUGUCUAUCUGCUUAUUCCGGGCCUCUAUAGCAAUCACGGCCCCUUAUACUUUGUUGGAACAAAGAAAUUCUUUUCGAAGAUGGGUCUAGCUUGCCAUAUUGCAAAAAUUCACAGUGAGGCAUCUGUUGAGCACAAUGCAUGGGAACUCAAGCAAUACAUUGAGGAGCUUUACUGGGGAUCCAGUAAGUGUGUGAUGCUGCUGGGGCACAGCAAGGGCGGCGUUGAUGCUGCAGCUGCAUUGUCAAUCUACUGGUGUGAUUUGAAAGACAAAGUUGCUGGUUUAGCACUGGUAUAGAGCCCCUAUGAUGGCACACCCUUGGCUUCUGAUAUUCUUCGCGAGGUCAGAUUGCGGACAAAGAAGCACGAAGUAUCAUGGAGCUUUUGAUAUUAGAGCUAAUUAAGGCAAUAGCACCAAUAUCUGAGCUUGUUGAAAGUCCUUUGUGUAUAUACUGAACAAGUGGAGAAUUACAAGUUGUGUUUGGAAACAUCUCAAUUCAUAUUUGCAUUGUAGGGUGA